AUUACCAAAUAAUAUGAUUUGUUUUGUUGAUAAUGAUACGAUCACGAACUGACGAAACAUCGAAAAAUCCAUCCUCUAUUGUGAUGAUGGAUGGUGUGCGAGAGCACAGGCAGAUAUACGCCUGGUGGUAUUAAUUAUGUGCCCAGCAUUACACCUGUCGUUUAUGUCAUUGUGGGGCACGUGUCUGUUCUGGCAUUGACAGCUUACAGCAAAGGGACUCUAGGGGCAAAUGGGGUUGGAUUCUGAAUUUAUGUCUGUUCUUGAGACUCCAGGAUUGGGCCUUUGCAACUGAAUCCUCAGGUCAGUUUCACAAACAGGUUUCUCAUAGAGGUUCUGGGCCCUGUCACCUGUUGUUUUCAGAAUUUCAGGAAGCCAUCUUCAUACCAAUCUUUUGCUUUCACUUUUUAAGGUUGGUGUUUGUGAGAGUGCAAGACUUGGUCUUUGCUGAAUUGGAGAGAAUCGACCAAAAUUGGUAUUAGGUAAUUCAAUAUGUGAUGUGAUCCUGGCAGACUGCUUAUCCAGUGGACUACAUUACUUGUGAAAAUUUUCUCUAUUGAGGUUUACAGAAAAACUUGGUGUCAAACAUGAGUAAUGCUCUUAGAUUGACCCGAGCUUUGCCCCUGAAUGAUGCGGGAGGAACUCAACUCUUCACGUUCCUCCUCUCCAUGAAUGAUUUGGAGAGUUUCUUCGACAAACCGACCAAGUCGUCACCCAUAUACUAUGAAGGUCAUGAGUGGUACCUGACGUGUGGUGGCUACCAGUCGAAGGAGUCGGAUGACAUUUACCUGGGCAUGUACCUGUACUGGGACAACAAGGCUGCGGGUGAAGGGGUUAGCUGCCGUGCGGACUACCGCCUUAUUGUCCGAAAUGUCAGGGACGCUUCUGAGAGUGUGGUCUCAGAGGGCUCCCAGGUCGAGUUCAGUGCUCCGGACACCUUGGGAUGGGGCAAGCGCGAGCUGGCUCCUCUGCACGAAGUGCUGGCUCCUGGCAAUGGCUUCCUGGUCGAUCCAGGUCGAACGGUCAUCGUUGAGCUGGCGGUGCGGUACUGUCGGACAAUCUACCAGCAACUGGUGGAUUUCUCCCAGCUCCCCGAGCACAUGAACCAGCCCUUCUCAUCCUACUUCACCCCCAACUUUUCCCUGUGUGGUUUUGACUUCUACAUGUCGUUUUACCCGCUUGGGGACCGUGAGGAAGCGGAGCGUCACGUCUCGAUGUACCUCCACCGCUUCAACAACCCGCACAUCCCCGAGUGUCUCUGCUGCCGCAUCCGCUAUCGCUUCUUCCUGGGUGACCUGGUCUCCCCGACGGGUGACUCUAAGACAUUCGAGUUCUCCUUCCGGAGCGAUCGCGGGUAUGGCCGAUUCAAAGCUUUUGAGCCCCUGGCCAAUAUGGACAUGUUCAGGAAGGGACUCGUUCCUCUUGGGGUGGAAAUUCUCUCCAUCAUCCCCUUUGCAUUCGUAGAGGUCCCCCUGGCGACCAGGGGUUACUACCACACGGACAACUUCGUCUUUGACGACGUUAUCUUCCCAGAUCACCGGAUGAAUGUCUGGAAGCUCUCCGCUAACAAUUCCUCCAAGUACUUGUCGCUUCGCCUUGACACGGAGGACAGGAACAAGAUAUUUCCCGUUGGGAGUCGGGGCACCGGACGAGAUGCCCUUUGCACCAAAUACCUCCAGUGGAAGGCGUACCUUCUUUCCCGCACUGACCGGAGUUACAACGUGUCCAUCUCCGAGGUCCCCAUAUCUGCAUACUUCUCCCCAGCAUUCCCUGAAAAGUUGUUCAGUAUGGCUACAAAAGUACCCAUCCAGAGGGCCAAGGCUUUGGAUGGUGACUACUGCACAACAGAGGAACCAUCACUCUUGUUUCGCAUCGAGUUCUUUAAUGUUCAAGACAUUCCCGGCGUCUUACAGGAUUACCCAGUCCUGGAGUUUGAGAGAUUCCGACUCUACCAAACAAGAGAAGGCCUUCGGCGUUGUCUCGAUGUUAACAGCUCACUCAGAAACCAGUUGGAUGAGCUGCGUAAAAGACUUAACGAAGUCAUGAACAUCAGUGAAAGCAACAUUGGUGGCAGCAGCAAACAGCAGUUGAUACGUGAAUUCAGGAGCCUGCUGCAGGCAAGUGAUGAAACUGAUUCCUCCAGCCAAGCUGCCUAUAAGUCCAUGAUUUCUACACCUGGAUCAGACACCUUUGCCACUGCCUUCUCCUUCUCGGGCACCCCAUCUCUCGAAACACCGGCAGCAGGAAGGGUUUCUCCCUACGUCACGUCGGGAACCCGCAGAGAACCCCUGAACAAGGUCUCCCAGCUCUUCGGCUCACACCCCGGCAACGACUUGCCCGAUUUUGGCAGCGCGCCCCCGGCAACCACUGCGGUCGCCAUGCCGUCAGCGACAAAGGGCAAAGUGGCCAGCCUCGGGGCAGCCCUGAGGACCUCCAAAGGUGGCUCGUCCUCGUUCUUCCGCGGAACCCAGGCCAGGGCCAGCACAGCAUCCACGUCCUCUGUCAGGUUCUCCAAGAGUAACUCCAAACCGACGCUGGGCUCGUCAGCGUCUCAGUCUGCACUCAAAGAAGGGCAGCACAAACAAUCCAGCGGAGUGGCCCCUGCUCAGAAAUCAAUGUCCUCCCUUGACAGGCAGCAGGUGGUUAGCAAGCACUUCUUCAUCUCUGGGGGAAAUGCACCUGCCACACAGCCAACGGGUCCAGGAGCUGUCAAAACAAUGCCUGAGCAGACCAUUUAUGCUUCCCUCUCCGUUCCAUCGAAAACGGUCCCUACCAUCACCUCUCCAGCAUCAAACACAUUUGCCAUUGUCUCCAAACCAGCAGCAAAGUAUGAUUCUGAGCCAGGGGAAGAAUAUGAAACAUCUACUGAGGGACGGAAGCAGAAAUUUAAUCCAAACAUCUUCAAGGCGGUGCUCCCAAAGUGGGGGUCUUCUGGUGCAAGUGACCAGUCAUCAGGCAAGGCCACCACCCUCCCGAGAAGCGUGCACCCGGGAGAACGUGUAACAGACUUCUACGGCAAUAAGAGCCUCGAGAGACCGGCACCGGGGAUCUUCAAUCAGCCCUCGAGGAGCACAUCCAACCUCUCAGCCACCCGCCAUCCCACCCCGGCAGUCCAGAAGGUCAACCCAACCCCAUCUCCGAACUCAACCCUCACCAGGUCAGGAGGUGUUACGAGUCUCAACAACCCAGGUAACUACUCGAAUCCUCCCACGACCAUUUCAACUGCAAUUGUGAUGCCUGUCCAAGAUGUCACGUACACCGAGCCGAACCGGAUCAGAAAGCCUCCAGUGCCAGCUCCGAGGAAGGGUUUGCUGAAGAAUCCCUCAGAUGAUGGCAAAGGCGACGAUAACUACUUCGAUGGCUCCCAAGCCACUGACGUAUAUACCAAAGAAACAUCUCAGUACCCAGAGAAGUCCAAGCUAGACUAUGCCCUCUCUGCCAACCAAACUCCGUCAGAAGAGAAGGCUGGCUUCUCUCGAGCUUCAGUGGCCUCCAUAGAGGAUCCCAUGCUCCAGACGGAGGUCUACUCCAUCUUUGCCCAAGCUGCCAGGGAUGGCGUCAAGCUGGUAGAAGAACCUCCUGAGAUGCAUGAACCCCUUGUCACAGCUGCACCAGAGCCCUCGGCGAAACCCCAGGGAGGACCCGAACUGACCACGAAGUCCACUAGUAGAACUGUCCCUGCUAUCACAGUAACAGAUCCAGCUUGUGCCAGUUCAGUCGUACCAAGACAUGGCGCAGUUGGUGGACAGCCCCUGUCACCGUCCAUCCUGAAGAAAGGGGACUCUUUCUCCAGCAGUCAGGGCCCAACCGUGAGGAAAUCACGCAGUGCCAACAACGUGCGCUUCAGUGAAGAUAACGUCAGUGUGACUAGCCAGUCUUCAUCAGUGGAGAUGCCUGGACAAGCUCAGCCAGGCACCAAUCAAGGGGACCUGCAACUCCCAACUCCCAACAAACCAACUCCCUCAUUUGAUCAGUACGACGGCCACAACGGUCAAUAUCCAAACGGAGGUCAGUCCGCCAGACAAAUGGGUCAACAGCAGCAGAAGUAUUCACAGCAGCAAAAUUACGAACAGAAGUUUCAAGAACAGCAGUACCGCACCCAGCUGCAGAAACAACAAGUUCAGCUGCAGCAACAGCAGCGGCAGCGACAGAAGCAGCAACUCCCCGAGCAGCAGUAUCAACGACAAGGACAGGAGUACAAUCAGCCGCACCGUUUGACGGAAUCCAAACGCACACAACAAGUUCCUGUAGCUGCAGAGGAAAAGCAGCAGUACCGACUGGAGCAGCUGCGUCGGGAGCACCAGGAGUAUGUGAAUCAACUGUUGCAACAACAACAGCAACCCUCCAUCAGUCAGCAGCAGCACUUGCUGCAGCACCGCUCAGGGCCAAGAUCGGAGGCAAACCUCUCCAGGACAAAAUCUGCGAGUUCUGAGGUGGUUCAGACAUCGUUAUGAAUCAAAAGGUCGAUGCUUACCUGGCCUGUGUGUAUUAAUUAUCUAAAUACCACACGGUGCUUUUGGUUGGUAACCGUUAGGGCAUUCCAAAUAGUUGUACAUGCUUGGAAAGAUGAUGGAAAGGCUUGUGAUAAUUUAGAAAGCAUCUGUCGGUAUACUGCUCAUGAAAGUUUUAAUUUUCAAAAUAUCACACAUUAGAUGAUGAACAGUUUGUCUCAAGAAAGUAUUAUUUUUAGGUCAACACAACAAACAGGGAGCUUUGAAAUAUCUCCCAUAUUCUCGACUCGGUUUGGGUGUCCAUAGUUGAUUUUGAUGCUGCUGACCCUGUCUGGAAUGUCUUACAAAGAAAGAAGUGAUGAAGUUACCGGUAAGACGUCCUGGGAACUAGCAGUUUCCUAACUCCUUUUUCCCUUGACCGACAAACCCUCCCUUAAAUUAAAAAAAAAAGAGAGAGAACCACAGAAUAAAUGGAGGACACCCUCACAUGAGCCCAAUACAUGUAGUAUUUUUUGGCAAGAAGUAUUCGAAUCGAGCUCGUCAGUUAACAUGUAGACACUUGUUUGUAUAAUUGCUGCCCUGUAAAAAAAGAGAAGCUGUAGGUAGGCCCUGUAACUACAUUUGAACCAAAGUGUCGGAAUGAUUAUCUUCAGAGCAGAUUGUAUUAAAUAAUUGUUUUUAAAGUGAAUUUAUGUCAAUGCCGAAUCAAGAAUUGCAGCUGUAAAUUAUUUGCUAUAUUUUAAAAAGCUUGUCAUUUACUUCUAGGGGGAUUGCCACUCUGUAUAUCUAGCAUUUUUAUCGUUGUAUAUGUACAUGCAUUUGAAGAUAAAAUGGCUUGUCAGUUUUAGUAAGUGUGGUGUGUCCUCAAAAUUGUUUCUAGAAGAACAUCGAACAGUACCAUGUAAACUUAAAAAAUGACUGGAUUUUUGGUAAUAAAGCAUAAUUACGCAAAGACAUUGCUUUUAAUUAACGUAUUUUAACAAUUGAGCUUGAACUAUUGCUGGAAAUGUUAUUCAGAUCAACAUUCAGUUAAUAUUUACCAAACCUUUAUAAAGUGUAUAAAGUGCCCAGAAUGUACAUAUGUAUAAUUGAAAAUGGCAGUACACGUAGUGAUUUGGAAGUACAAUGUGUGUGUCACUGUUGUAUUCCAGGAAUAGGUUGAAAAUUUGACACAAUUACACAGUUAUUCAGAUGUUUUUAAUUAUUUGAAUGUUUUAAUUGCACGCUGUUCCUCUGCAUACUAGUUAAUAUGAAGAUUCUGGGGAUUCUGAAAAGUGUGAGUGUGUUUGGAGGGGUGUUUUCUUUAAGGUAUCAUGCUUUGCCUUAGUAUUUUUUUACCGUUAAAAAAUUUAUCGAUUUCUUGGGAAUUCCUAGUUUGAUAGCAUCAUAGUUUAAAGUGCUUGUGCAGUGGUACUUUAUUCUCCAACAAUCACAGUGUCAUGUCACAAACUACGUUUUGUUCCCUCAAAAGCUGCAGAAUUUUUCCCAGUUGACGGCAUGGCUGAUGUGCUUCAUGCCUUGUGAGCUCACUUCUCUGAGCAGUCUCCCAUAUGGGAAACAUUACAUUGUCAUGAAAAAGUUGCAGAUUUGCCAUGAGAAACUCAUGGAUUUACUUGGGAAAAAAUAAAGCAGAAAAACCUUUUGAGCUUUUCCAGAUGGACUUCUUCAUCAGAUACACUCACACAGCUUGAAACAUUCCAUGUCAAGAUUUCAAUAAAUUGUCACUUCCAAGACCAUAUUUGGAAAUCUGUUUUUCUCUCUGCAGGAUGCUUCGAAAUUGUUUCAUUCCGAUUGGCCUUUUCUGUUUUCAGUUUCUCAUUUUGUAGGCCAGAACAUGUACACACUCCAUGUAAACUCGGGGGGGGGGUAACUGUAAGUCAGAUUUUAAAUCAGCCUGUAGGACAAGAUACACAGUUUUCUCUGCUUGAUAUCCAUGUAUUACAUAGCAUUGCUUGAUACAUUAGCAUUGUGAUGAAUGUCUUAAAUAAAGCAGAAAACAAUA